GGACACCAAAAACUUAGCGCACAACACAAGAAUCCAAUUUGGAAUAAUAGGGUUGGAUCUAUCUCUACUCAAUUUCCCCUCCUCUUCUUUCACUUCUCUGCAACACUUUCCUUACUUCCAUUUCCCAUCACGCGCCAUGCAUUUCACCGCCAACCAAGGCAUCGAAGGCAACACCUUCGCCGUCACCGGUGCAUUGGGCUUCGUCGGCUCUGCCCUCUGCUUAGACCUUGUCCGUAGAGGCGCUCUCCAGGUCCGAGCCUUUGACCUCCGUCCUGCCUCUCCUUGGUCCGAUGACCUCAAGAUUCACGGGGUCAACAUCAUCCAAGGGGAUAUUACCUGUAAAAAGGACGUGGAAAGAGCUCUUCGUGGUGUUGAUUGUGUUUUCCACCUAGCAGCAUUUGGACUAUCAGGGAAAGAAAUGCUUCAAGUCGGUCGCGUUGAUGAGGUGAAUAUUAAUGGAACAUGCCAUGUCUUGGAUGCUUGCCUGGAGCACGGCGUUAGACGGCUUAUAUAUAUGAGCACGUAUAAUGUAGUGUUUGGAGGUCAAGAGAUUGUUAACGGAAAUGAGGGAUUACCUUAUUUCCCAAUUGAUGAUCACGUUGAUGCAUAUAGUCGAAGUAAAUCCAUUGCAGAACAAUUAGUUCUGAAGACCAACGGGCGCCCCUUAAAGAACAGGGAUGGCAAAUGUUUUCACACCUGUGCUAUACGUUCCUGUGCUAUCUACGGACCUGGGGAAGAGAGGCACUUUCCUAGGAUUGUCUCCUUAGCGAAGUUAGGCUUGCUACCAUUCAGAGUUGGGAAACCAAGUGUUAAAACAGACUGGAUCUAUGUGGAUAAUCUCGUGCUUGCUUUAAUAUUGGCAAGCAUGGGGCUUCUGGAUGAUACUCCUGGUAAAGGAAGAGGCCCAAUAGCUGCUGGCCAGCCGUAUUAUGUAUCAGAUGGUUAUCCAGUUAAUUCCUUUGAAUUCGUUCAACCACUGCUCAAUAGCUUAGGUUAUGAGUGGCCAAAGUUUUACAUGCCUGUUUCUAAAGCUCUUCUCUUGGGGAAGUUUUUUGCUGCGUUGUACACAAUAUUAUAUCCUUGGUUGAAUAGAUGGUGGCUUCCACAUCCCUUGAUGCUUCCCGCUGAGAUUUACAAGGUUGGCAUCAGCAAUUAUUUCUCGUAUCUUAAAGCCAAGGAGGAGUUGGGCUAUACUCCAAUGGUGAGUUCGAAGGAGGGCAUGGCUGCGACCAUCUCCUAUUGGCAGGAGAGGAAGAGGAAGAGCCUCGAUGGGCCAACAAUAUAUGCGUGGCUGUUUUCUGUUGUUGGAAUGAGCAUGCUGUUUAGUGCAGCUUUCCUUCCAGACGUUGGGCCUGUUCCAUUCUUCAAAGCUAUCAGCCUUUUGUUCUUUAGGUCGAUUCAAGUGGUGAGGAUGGUGUUUCUUGUAGCCUUUCUACUGCACGUUGGUGAGAGCAUAUAUGCAUGGUUCUUAGCAAGGAAGGUCGAUCCUGCUAACUCCAGGGGAUGGUUUUGGCAAACUUUUGCUCUAGGCUACUUUUCCUUGCGUUUCUUGUUGAGAAGAGCAAGGAGUCAAUAGGGGAACUCGCGUUACUUUUACCUAUUGUAAGAGAAACUUAAGAAAAUGUAAAGGAGAAUUUGAGAGAAGAAAUAGAGCCUGUUGUUGUGAUAA